GUCAAACGCACUUCUGCUCGUCACCCACAAUCGGAAUCUCCAGGAACCGUCAACAAAAAAUAUCGGUACUCCUUCAUUGAACUCUACCUCACGCGACACUCAGUAUCCCUUCCAGUAUCACACUCGUCAUGGUCGCAGGCACAGGCAGCAACUCAGGACAAGCAAGGCCAGCUGCACCAGCACCCAAUGGCAACGGCGCAGGCGGCAAGCGCCCAAACAUCCUCUUCAUCAUGGCCGACCAGAUGGCCGCGCCCAUUCUCCCCAUAUACAAUAAGGAGUCUGUCAUUAAAAUGCCGAAUCUCAUGAGUAUGGCGAAAGAUGCAGUUGUCUUUGACAACGCGUACUGUAAUGCGCCAUUGUGCGCGCCAUCGCGCUUUGCUAUGGUGACAGGCCAGCUACCACAUCGCAUCGGCGCAUUCGAUAACGCGUCGCAGCUCUCGUCUGAGGAUCCGACAUUUGCGCACUAUCUGCGCUCGAUUGGCUACCAUACAUCACUUGCUGGCAAGAUGCACUUUAUUGGUGCAGACCAGCUGCAUGGCUACGAAGAGCGGCUGACGGCAGACAUUUAUCCCGGCGAUUUCGGGUGGUCGGUCAAUUGGGAUUCUUCAGACAUGCGACUCGACUAUUACCACAACAUGGCAUCCGUCACGGAUGCAGGCGUCUGUGUACGCUCCAAUCAGAUCGACUAUGAUGAGGAAGUCAUGUAUCGCGCGAAAAACUACCUCUACAACCACGCUCGGCGAAAUGUGGAACAGCCCUUCUUCUUGACGGUCGCAUUGACGCACCCGCACGACCCUUACACCACGCGAAAAGAGUGGUGGGACUUGUAUGAGGAUGUGGACAUUCCAUUGCCUGAACACGAGCCAAGUUAUGAAGAGCUCGAGCCACAUGCACAGCGAUUGCAGCAUGUGAUUGACUUGAAGGACAAACCACUGACGGAUGAGCAAAAGAAGCGCGCGCGCCGAGCGUACUUUGGCAACUGCUCGUAUGUGGACGAUAAUAUUGGCCAAUUGCGCAAGGUCCUGGACGAGUGUCAAUUGACAGACGACACCAUCAUCAUCUUCUCUGGUGAUCACGGAGAUCACCUGGGUGAACGCUCGCUUUGGUACAAGAUGACCUUUUAUGAAAUGUCGGCACGAAUCCCACUCAUGGUGUAUGCGCCAAAACACUUCUCUCCACGACGUGUCAAGGAGAGUGUCAGCUCACUCGAUUACCUCCCUACUUUCGUGGAUCUCGCGACUGGUGGACAAGCGCAUCGUGUGAUUGACCCCACUAUUCCACUCGACGGUCACUCACUCUUCCCAUACUUGCAAGGUGGCACAGGUACUGAUCUGGUCAGGGGUGAGUAUAUGGGUGAAGGCACCGUGUCGCCGCUCUUCAUGAUUCGCACAUCACAGUACAAGUUCAUCUACUGCCCAACGGACCCAAUUGAGCUGUAUGAUUUAGAGCGUGAUCCACUUGAACGCAGCAACCUUGCUAGUUCGACAGAGUACAGCGAUCUUGCUGCGAAAUUCCUGCAUGACAUCAAGUCUCGUGUGGACAUCACAACCUUGACGCAACAAGUCCUCAAGUCACAGCGAUCUCGUCGUGUAGUGCACGAUGCAUUGAGUAAAGGUAAAGUCACACACUGGGAUUUCCAGCCAUUCUUUGAUACUCGGCAACAAUACAUCCGCAACAAUGUCGAAGGUAUCUUGGAUGACCUUGAAGCAGUGGCACGAUUCCCGCGUGUGGUGCAGACAGAUGUCGGUCAACAACAAUUGGCAGGAGAAGUGAUUGGUGUGGCGAAAGAUGUGCGCGCAGCCGUGAUUGCUGAUAUUGCAACAGGACCUGCUGCUGAAGUGGCGAUUGCUCCCGUUGCCAUUGAGCAGCACAAUAAGCAUGGCGGCAAGGAAUGUAUCCAUGGCUUGCAUGGCAAUAUCACGCCACCUUAUGCAUGAUUGUUUUCACAGUAUCUCUAGGGCGUAUGUAGCAACAGUUUAAUGUCUUUUUAGCAAUCCGCAUCAUAAUUCUGAGUUC